AUGAAGGUUGCAUCUCAUCCACUAUCAGUCUAUCAUACCUCGAUUUAUGAUGGAUCUCCUACUCUACUGCCAGACAACGUUGCAAAUUUCAUCUCAACCGCGUCCCUGGCUACUCGACUAUCUCUCCGAUUCUCGUCUCUCUUUCUCGAAGCCAUGUUCGAUGCCGCAAAAUGCGGAACAGUCCUAUCACUUGGAGUAUCCCGACAAGCUCUUAUCAAUGCAUUCUCAUCAGCCCAAACAAGACAUGCAUUACUUGAAGCAGCACCAAAUAAUAAUAUCAACAGCAACAAAAACAACAACAACAAUAGCAGCAGCAGCAGUUCAAACGAAACACAAGACAGUGGGUUUUUGGAAGUCCUUGAAAGAUACACAGGCCUAGGAAUUCAUCUCAUACAUCACACAUUUACAGUUGCAGAAUUGUUUGCAAUGUCUGGUCUUCAACUAACCUCAAAGGCUGUAAAGACUAGCUUAAAGGCAGUAGAAGAAUCAGUACGUGUGCUGGAUGGAAUAUUUGGAUCUAGUGAAACCUCUAGAGCCAUUGCUGGGAUUGUCACCCUUAUGCACCGCGAAAUCAUGAACGAUCCAAACUUUGAACUUGCCAAAGAAGGCAAGAUUGCCAUACUCACCGGCCUUACCAGAGCAAUCACCACAUUUGCGGUUCUCCAGAGUCUGACCCACCAGCGAACAAUGAAACAGUUCAAGAUGACGGUCUUGUGGAAAGGUGUCGUGGUCGAAGAUGAACAAGGUCAGCAGGGACUGAUCCAGUUUCAUGCUCACAACCCAGCUCAAUCACAAGCUCAAGUGCAAGCGCAAGCUUCAACACCGGCAGCCGCACCAGCGCAAGUUUCAGUACCUGUUUCUGUUUCUGCUUCUGUUCCUGGAACUGGAAAUGUACCUAUCUUACCUUUGUCGUCGGCAUCAACAAUACAUACCAAACAAGAAGAUUAUGAAGACAUCAUUUUUGAACUUCAAGCCAUGUUGGCCAGUCACGAAGCCGAAUCUCUUAAUGGAGCAAAAGAAACCCAAGAAACCAGCCAUAACAACAGCAACUGUAAAAAGGCGUGGCCGGUAUCUCCACUUUAUGAAAUCACUGCUACAACCAAUACACGUUCCACACGGACUACCCGGAUUCGGCCAAUAGAUACUUUAUCAUCAUCUUUAUCCCCAUCUUGUCAGCCGAAUCAACCAGCUGCCAAAUACGUAGUCGUACAGACCGAUCAAGUUGACACAGAGUCAUUUGUGGCAAUCAUCGACCGUGAAGACGAAUCGACCGGCAGUAGCGAGUGGGUCUGGAAUGAUCAGCUCCUAGAAGAAACCGAAUGCGACGAAAGAUCCAACAUUCUCUUGGCCAAGAUCUCUCCAAAGACUACUCAACGACACACCGGUCGCAGCGAGACAUGCGGAUACACAGACGACAAUAUCCACCUACAGUUCUGCAGACAGGAUCCUAUUUCUGUUAUUGUACCAAUCGAUCAUCGUAUAUCACAAACAUCAACACCGACCCAAGGAUUGGUAGCAGGAGCAGGACAGUCGUCAAUGAUUGACCAAGAUGAGUCUAAGCAUCGUCGACGCCAUAAUAAUAAUAAUCAUCAUCAUCAUCAUCAUCGCCAUAGCCACCACGGUAAUAGCAGCCACAGCAACUAUAGUUCUUCAGAUCGAAGAAACAAGCAUCGGUCGUGUUCAUCUGUAUUAUCCUACACAGAAUAUCCUGCGACCACCGCUGCUGCUGUCGCUACCGCAACUGCCGCAGCUCCAAACAUCACUGGCAGCAACAGUAGCCACAUAUCAUCUAGCCGACGGAGUUCCUGUGAAGGCAGCCAAUCUUCGCAUUCAUCCAACGGUAGCACCACUUACCACACUAUCCAUACCUCGACACCGCCUCUCUUUACAAAUCCAAGUCUAUCCCAUCAUCACUCUACUUCUUCCUUAUCUUCAUCGUCAUCGACUUUGUCUUCGUCUUCCACUUCAUCUCUACAUAUGUCUAUGGUUCCUGGUGCACCACUUGACGGCGAACCAAGCCCACACAACUUCCCUCGUAACCAUAUCAUCAACAACAUUGCACACUUUAUGCGUUAUGCGAGCGCAGCCUACGGAGAGUCGUUUAUGCGUAUCCUGGGCAUCGGAGACAUCCCCAGCGCGUUUCCUGCAUCGGCCGACCACCCCAACCACCAUGCAUUUGCACACCACACUGGCGUGCCGAUCCAAGACAUCCUUCUGUCGAGCUACACUGACGCCUCGCUGCUGAGUUCGAUGCACCACCCGUCCAUGCACGCACUGGUGCACUAUGUUGCGGUCGACCAUCAGGCCAAGGCGAUUGUGCUGACCUGCCGUGGAACUCUUGGACUGAGUGACAUCUUGACCGAUCUGACGUGCGGCUACGUUGACUUUGAUUUACCGACCGACCAACCCGGCCUUCCUCCUGUGCGUUACAGGGCGCACGGCGGUAUGCUCGAUGCUGCACAGCGCCUGGCGGCACGUGAAAAGGGCCGUGUCUUCCAGACGAUCCGCCAGGGGCUGCAGCGCUACCCUGAGUACGGGCUCGUGCUGUGCGGACACUCGCUCGGAGGAGGAGUGGUCGGGCUUCUGAGCGUCAUAUGGAGCGAGCGGCGAGAACAGGCCGUGAGCCGUCUGCAGCGGUCAGGUGCGGGUAUCUACAACAGUACCAACCCGGACUCAUAUGAAGACAUGGAUGUCGAUUUCAAUUUCGAUCUUGAUGUCGAUCUUGAUGAUGUUACGAUGAGCCCAGGCUUUGCAACAGAUCCUGUUCCAUUUGUCACGUCUCCGUUCUCGGGUUUACCGGCCGGGCGACCGAUCCACUGCUAUACGUAUGGCCCACCGUGCUGCAUGUCGCUUGAGCUGAGCGAGUACUGUGGCCAAGGCUUGGUGACCAGCGUGGUGCACGGGUACGAUUUCGUGAGUGGCCUGAGCAUCGGCUUACUCAAGGAUCUCAAGAACGUCGCACAGACCCUGCACACCGAAAGCAACAUCACGGACGAGAUCAUCGGGCGCCUGAUUGGCCAGCAGACCAACAAGAUCUUCCAGCCAACUGGACCCUUUAGGGUUCCGGAUGAAGAGUACAGCGAAGACGACCAGUGGUUCUGGGCACUCAUCAAGACCAUGAGGGCCGACAUGACGGGCGAGAAGAUCUACCCGCCAAGCACGAUCUAUCAUAUCAAGACCACGCCGCAUUCUAGUCACUCGCGAGACAACUCGCCCAUAGGUUCGCAGUCGAUCGGCUCGGCCGCCCAUACGGUUGUCCUGAGCCGGUGUGAAGACGUCAAGGCGAGGUUUUCUGAGAUCAUAUUCACCAAGAGCAUGUUUAUGGACCAUUCGCCAAAUGUGUAUGAAAAGGUCAUUCGGCAAUUGUGCCGAGGAUUCUUUGAUCAGAAAGGUGCCUAUGACCAGGUCUGA